UCUCCUUCUAAUCACUCAUAAUCCAAAAUCAAAGCACCAUGGGUCGUUUUGGAAAGCUUGAAACUGAUGUACAUAUCAGAGCUUCUGCUUCAAAGUUCCAUGAAUUAUUUAGCGAAAGAACUCAUCAUAUCUCCAACGCCUCUACCGACAAAGUGCACGGAGUCGACCUACUCGAAGGCGAAUGGGGCAAAGUCGGCUCCAUCGUCUGCUGGAGAUAUUUUCAUGAUGGGAAGGCUAGAGCGACAAAGGAGAUAAUCGAAGCAGUCGACAAAGAGAACAAUUCGAUCACUUUCACCAUGAUCGAGGGAGACCUUUCCGAGAAAUACAAGAGUUUCAAGUUUAAGAUGCAAUGCAUUCCAAAGAAGAAGGGAAGUGUGGUUCAUUGGGUUUUAGAAUAUGAAAAGCUACAUGAUAACAUUCCUGAUUCACAUACUAUGCUUCAACUUUGUGUUGAUAUCGCUAAAGACAUUGAUGCUCACCUUAUGGAAGGCAGUGAAGAACCCUAGCCAUGUUGCUGCACUAAGUUCUAUGGUACUAUACGUAUAAAUAAUUUGCCAAUUAUGUAUGUAUAAUUUCAUUUAAAUAAGGCAUAUGUAUUUGUGUUAUGUUUGGGUCCUGUUCUAUGUGUUGUAAUAAGUGGGAGAGAUAUCUUCCAAGUUUCUAAAUACUUAGUGUGUUCUAUAAAAUUAUCUUGGGUA